GGCUCGGAGCCGCGCAGGAGCUGGCGCCGCACCACCGUGUGGAGGCCCUUGAGCACGAAGAGCGCGGCGAUGGCCGUGAAGUAGCACGCGUAGAUGAAGAACUGCGGGGGCCGCGCACGAUCAACGGGGAAGAGGUGACGAGACGUGACGAGCACCACCAGCGAUGUCGAUCGCGGCGGCCGCCGCAGAGUACAUCUUCUCGGACUCGCUGCUCAAGGACUCGGCUGACGCCAGGUUCAAGGGCCUGCGUCUCGAGCUGCCUGCCGACCGCCUCCUCAAGUUCAUCACGGUCGGCCUGCCGCUCAUGCUCAUCUCGCUCGCCUUCGCACAGGAGAUCUCCAUCGGCACUCAGAUCAGCUGCUUUCCCCCAGCCAACUUCUCAUGGCGGCAGGCGAUCUACGCCGAUGCGUUUUGUUGGGCGUCACUGCUCCACCAUGGCACCGAGCCUGAUGGGACUCCGCACCAACAGUCACUGUGGAUACACAAGAUGUUCCCCUACGCGCUGCUGCUCAUCGCCGUCUGCAUGUACGUGCCCGCACUGUUCUGGCGCUUCGCCAUGGUGCCCCUGCUCUCGUCCGAUAUCGUCUUCAUCAUGGAGGAGCUGGACAAGAGCUACAACCGCAGCGUGCGCCUCGCGCAGCACAUCGUGCAGCGCUUCCCCCGCUCUGACGAUGCCAACAAUCUCUUCUACGACGAGGUGGACCGGGCUCGCCGCGAGAACUACUUUGAGUUCCCGCUGCUGGAGAAGUACCUGGCGUGCAAGCGCGACACGCGGGAGCUCCUGUGGCGCUACGUCGCACGCAACCUCCUCGUGCUGCUGCUCAUGCUGCUGUCCUGCCUCUACCUGGUCUUCUACCACACCGUGGGCUCCGUCCUCGACGAGUUCAGCUGCAACAUCAAGACGGGCCUGCUGGCCAACGACAGCUACAUCCCGGGCCUCAUCCAGUGCAAGCUGACGUCGGUGCGGGUCUUCUACGUGCUCAGCCUCAUCAACAUCUCGGUGUACGCCCUCGCGUCCACGCUUGUGUUCUACAACGUCGCUCGCCUCUGGUGGCCCGACCCCAGCUUCCUCGACGUUUACGAGAUGCUGCCGUCCUUCGAGGUGCUCGGCGCGCGGGGAGGGGGCGGCACUUCGCGCGCCGGGGCCUGCCGCUGCCUGCCCAGCGACCUGUCGGUCAUCCUCCUCUUCCUCGGUGCCAACGUCCACGAGCUGAAGUCGUACAAGCGCCUGGUGGUGUUCCGCAGCGUGCGCCCCGUGCCGAGCGCCUACGACAUGGACACGCUGGUGGACACCAUGACCAUCCUGGCGGGCUUCGAGAUGUCGAGGCGGGGCGGCGGCGAGAACGCGGGCGGGCCGGGGUCGUCCGAGGUGGACGGGGCGCGAGUCGCCAAGGACGCCAAGGGCGCAUCGCGACAGCAGCAGCAGCAGAAGCAGAUGCCCAGCCCGACUGACUCGAUACGGAAUAAGUUGCUACGGCAAAGGCAGCAAGAUCAGAACACUGCGAGCACCAACGUAUGACACCCCCCUAGGGGGGGGGGGGUCUCCGAGUCUGGGGGAAUCUGUGUCACCGCCUUGCGAACACGCGGCGUGUGGACCCAUCCACUAAAUACACGUGCGGUCGCACGCACGCAAAACAAAGACCAAGGUCUCCCCCCCGCGUAGCCUUAAGAGACUGUUGGGGAAAGUGCUGUUACCGAGCACCUGUGAACGCCAGGGGGGAUAGGUGGGUGGGUGGGUGGCCAGCACCAUAUCCAGCCCCCUUUGCCUCCCCCAGUGUGGCGAUGUUUUUACACACCUCACCAGGUGCAACAUUUUAGGCUGAGUCGACCUAGGGGGAGGCCCAGGACCUACUCGCAUAAUCGUCACCGGCGUUGCUAACCGCUGCACUACCGCUCUACACGUGCGUGCUGUGCGUACAACGUACAACAUGCGCGUGAAGGGGAUAUCAAACACGCCACUGCAACUUUGAAGGGGAUAUCAAAGACGCCACUGCAACUUUGCGUGCGGGGCAUUGUGGCACGAUGAAGCUGAACGGAAAACGGAGCAUUCUGACGGUGAACAAGAACACAAGUUGUGCUCGCAGACACGCGGAUCGGUCGUUCGACAGUUUCACGAAUUGAGCGUGUCCACUGUGUAAAUGUUGUGGUUUUGCCGGCACCCUCUCCCUGCGUUGCCACUCUGGUCGUCGCUCGGCGCACUGAUGAGCACUUGGUACUGCGAAACACUGCCGGUCUCGCGUGCCGCCUGGCGCCCUCUGCAAUAGCUGUCGGAUGAACGAUUUUAAUAUUUGCCAGCGAGUGAACGUGUGUUCAGGUUCGUGUGUUGAUGAGUAGGGGACGUGAUGGAAGGGCGACGGUUGAUGGAUUCGUAGUCCAAUGGUGGCUGCAUGUCAAUUACGUGGGUUAUUGUGUCGCUGUCAUCCAUUUGAGUUUUAGAUUUUGUUAAAACUGGAAUGGGGGGGGGGGGGACCCAACAGAAUCAUUGCCACAGUUUCAACUGCGGUGGUAUGUUCGAAUUUACGACGAAAAUAAUAUUUUGUAUAUAUUUUUGUUCUUAAAUAUCGUGUCGUUUACACGUACUGCAACGUUUUAGCAGUCGCCACAGGAGAAUUUGUAGCGUGCGCCGUUUUAACACACGGGCCAGGAACCGGCGCUGCCAACACCACCGCCCUCGCCUUGCGCAGUCCAAUCGCUUUCAAUCGCCGCCUCGUGCACGUAUACGCAUGUACGUAUGUUGAACUUCUUUCGCACUGCACGUAGCCGACCGUGCCCAUCGGAGAUGGUGGAGCCAGAGACGGGGUCACCAAAGGGGGGCGCGCACCGCACCUUCCUGUGGACGAUAGCCAGCGAGCGCUGCGGGAGAGAGGAGAGAAAGAGAGAGGCACGGUUGGCUCCGUACGGUUCCGACCGUGCCGAUCGGAGGUGAGCGGGGGAAAAGACAACAAACUAAACACAAACAAGCAGCACCAUUGGAACCUCAUUUGCCAGUAAAAAAUAUGAUAAUUGGUUUUUUACCCUUCUAUCUGGCAACAAAACUGACACCUUUUUUUUUUCCAAUGGUGUUAAUGCUUACCCCGAGCUCUCAUACUCUGAUGGUGCAUUGUCUUUGAGUUGUGCGCCUUUUGGCGUCAUCUGGUCCAACCCAUGUGAGACUAGGCUCUAAGAAAAGCUGUCUCGGGUGUGGACCAAUCAACUUCAAGGACAGUGCACAUUAUCAGAGUUAUGUUUUUUGUUUGCAUUAUGACCGCAGGUAUUGUGGUCUAUGCAAACAUGACUCCUUGUAAAAAAGGUGUCAGUUUUGUUGCCAGAUAGAAGGGUAAGAAAACAAUUAUCACAAACAAGCAGCUCGAAAGAAAUUAGUUUACAGUUCACGUGAUUUGAGAGUUCGAACAUUUUAAAAGUGCCCGCCCCUCGACCGUGCAACGUAGCCGCAUGGUGCUUACACUUUUAUAGAUUAUAUAUUUAUGAUUUAUUUUGGGAAAGUACUGCAAGAUUUUGUGCACUUCGAGGGCUGGGGUUGCUUGCUAUGUUUGUUCCAAUUGAGCAACAAUAAUAAUUGUUAUAAUAAAUUGGUACAUUUGGCAUUCGCCCAAUUCUACAUGCCCACAUGGAUGUAUGUGCAUGUUUAACAUAUUUUCUCGCACCGUACGUAGCCAACCGUGCUAAUAGGAGGUGCGGGGGAAGGGAAACUAAUUAAACACAGAAAAGACGGUAUUAUAAAAUGCAUUUUCAAUUUACAUUUAAAAAUGCAUUGCUCCUGGUGGCUUCCUAACAUCGGAAGGAAGAGCGUUCCAGACGGCCGCAGAAGCGUGUCUGAAAAUAAAAAAAGCACGUAAUUUGUUUUUAUCUACGCCUGUUCACUUGCAAGCCUCCCCCUCCCCUCUCUCCGUGCACUCCGGUCUUUAAAGCGUGGUUCUUGUUGAACGAAGAGCGUGGCUGCAAACCGGGGGGGGGGGGGGGCGAUGCACCUCGUCCCGUUUAUCCAUCGCAGUUGUUGCUUUUUCGUUCCGAAAACUCGUUGUUCAGUCUCACGACCAUUUGAUUGGACGGACGUCCAUCGGCAUCGCCCGCCCGCCCGCGCGCAAACACGCACAACGAAGGCGUGAGCCCGCUCGCAGGCGCCCCAACAAAAUAGUUGGCGAGAAAUUAUUGGGAGAGAGUAACUUUUCAAUUUCCAAAGCCUGUGUACGCGUCUCCUUGGCAACCUCGGUGCACUUGUGAAAAAUCUUAGCGCUCCACUCGUACGCUUUGUCAAGCAUAGCCUGUCGGCUGUCACAAUAUUCCCUCGCUGUUGAGAUGGGGUAUGCUUAAACUGAUAACUUUGUAUAAUAUCUCCUCUUACCGUUGGUUUGAAACGUAAUUACCUCGCCUUAUACAGCCGAGCCUUAAUGAAUUUUCCUGGAAAGAAUUUUCCUGUUUUUCAUUAAUAUAAAUUGUUUUGCCUUCGUGUAUGAGAAAGUAUUGUGUUGUAGCCGACUUGGGUGUGUGUCGUGAACAUUUAUGCUCGGCUCUUAAGCGGAGCGAUUGAUGCUAAUUGCACUUCAGGGACAGAGCUUAGAACUGAGCUUCUGCAUGUGUGUGUGGGUUUUUUAUGUAAAAAUUUAAGAUGUUGAAAGAUACGUGCGCACGCGUCUUUGUGUGCGCGGGCAUGUGUGCAUGGUUCUUUGCGCAUGUGUGCAUGGGUCUUUGCGUGUGCGUGCUGAAUCGGUAUCUCAGUCUCGCUGUCCCGAGUCCAGUGAUGCCCAGUUUUUUUCUCACCCGCCACAUCGGGGCAGCCCCCGGGGCGGCUUUUCCACCAGGCUAUU